AUGGGAAAACUCGUGCGGCUCGAGAUCUACAACUUCAAGUCGUACCGCGGACGCCAUACGCUCCUCUUUGGCGACUCGUACUUCACCUCCAUCAUCGGCCCCAAUGGCUCGGGCAAGUCGAACAGCAUGGACGCCAUCUCCUUCGUCCUGGGAGUCCGGUCGUCCCAUCUGCGCUCCGAGAAGUUGAAGGACAUGGUCUACCGCGGCAGGAUCAUCCAGGAAGCGAGAAUCAACGCCGAUGGCACCGUCACCGAAGCCGACGGCGAUGCGAAUGGCGACGCGAACGGCCAGUCCAAUGGCGACACACAGGACAACGGCGACUCGCAAACCAGCUCGCAGCGCAACGAUCCCCAGAACGCCUGGGUCAAGGCCGUCUUCGAGGACGAUGCCGAGCAGACACACGAGUGGCAGCGCGCCAUCACCAGCUCCGGCUCCAGCGAGUACCGAAUCAACAACCGCAUCGUCACCCAGAAGCAGUACGGCGAGGCGCUGGAGGAGCACAGCAUCUUGGUCAAGGCGAGGAAUUUCCUCGUCUUCCAGGGAGACGUGGAGAAACUUGCGACGACCGCGCCCGAACAGCUGACACUACAGGUCGAGCGCAUCUCUGGCAGUCUGGAACAAAAGGCCGAAUACGACCGCCUCAAGGAAGAGUCCGAGAACGCCACCGAAGACAACGCGAAACAUCUGCACGAGCGUCGCGGCAUCAACGGAGAGCUCAAGACAUAUCAGGAGCAAAAGGCCGAGGCCGACGAAUACGAGAAGAAGCUCGCCGAGCGCGACGAAGCUGUUGUCACAAAGAACCUGUGGAAGCUCUACCUAGACCAGCAGAUUAUGGAGAAGGCGCGGAACAAGAUCGCCAGCCACCAGGAAGAGCUUAAGGAACACAAGCGCAGCGUCGAGAAAUACCACCAGCGCCACGAGGCGGAGAGGCAGGCCGAGGCCAAGAUCAGGCGAGAUCUGACCAAGACUGACCGGAAUACCAAGGCCAAGGAGAAGGAGAUCGAGGACGCCUCCAACGAGCUCGCUCCUAUCGAAGAGAAGAUCCGCCUUUCCAACGACACCCGUCGGAAAUACGAGAGCAGACUCGAGGAGCUCCGCAAGAAGCGCGACGCUGAGAAGAAGGCUGUCGAGAAGUGCCAGAAGGACCUCGAUCUGGUCCAAAAGGCCGAGAAGAAGUGGGAGGAUGACUUCAAGGCGGCUGCCCAGAACCAGGGCCGCGAGCUUUCCGAGCAGGACCUUCAAGAAUACGGCCGACUACGUAGCGACGUUACAAAGCGCACCCACGGAGACCAAAUGCAGAUAGACAAGCUCAAGCGCGAGGUUGAGACCGACCGCGACCAUGUCAAGAACCUCCAGCAGAGCGUCGACAACCACGAAAAGGCUGUCGAGAGGCUGAAUGCCGACAUCAGCCAGCUCGAGGAGCGCCAGAAGGCUUCCAAGACGCAAGUCAAGGAUCUGGAAAGCGCAAGAGUCGCCAAACAGCAGGAGCUCGACAGACUCCGAGCCGACCGAAAGCAGAUCGAGAUGCAAUACUACGAGAAGAACCAGUUACUGCAAGAAGUCUUGAAGCAACUCAGCAUCGUCGAAGGCAGCCGUCGGGAGUCAAGGAAGCAACAGGAGGCCCGCAGAACCAUUGAUCGCUUGAAGACCCGCUUUGGAUCUGAGAAAGUGCACGGCCGAUACAAGGAUCUCAUCACUCCCAAGAUGCAGAAAUACCGUAAGGCUAUCGGUCGCGUACUCGGACACCAGAUGGAUACUGUCAUUGUCGACACCGAAACCACCGCCAAGUCAUGCAUCGAAUAUCUCAAGGCAGAACGCAUCGGUGUCAUGUCUUUCAAUCCGCUAGACUCAAUUCAGAUUCAGGCGGUAGAUCCCCAACUGAAGGGUAUGCACGAGGGCAUGCGACUUGCUAUCGACUGUAUCAACUAUGAGCCCAAACACGAGCGCGCUAUGACUGCGGCAUGUGGCAACACCAUGAUCUGUAACACGGAGAAGCUUGCGAAAGAGCUCAGAUAUACAAGGCGCAUCGAAGUCAAGGCAGUCACCCUGGAUGGUCGUGUAAUCGGCAAAGGCGGUACACAGACGGGUGGUGAGCUUGACCGCGACGACGAUUCAAGCGAGCAACAAUGGGACGAGCGGUCCUACCAGACGCUUGUAGACAAGAAGAACAGGUAUGAAGAAGAGCUCCGUGCGCUCCCUAAACAAGACCGCCAGUACACCCAGGAACAGGCUCUCGAAGUCGAGUUGCUCGAUCUACAGGAGCAAAUUUUCCGAGCCAAGGAAGAAGCCAAAGCGCUUGGUCGCAACAUUGAGAGCGUUAAGAAGGAGCUAGCACAUCACAAGAGCGAGUUGAAGGGUGUUCGACCCAACUACGAGAAGCAGGCACAACGGCUGCAGGACCGGGAAGAAGAACUCCAAACCUACCAAGACACGGUGAAUCAGGUCAAUGACCAGGUCUUCGCCGCGUUCUGCCAACGGCUCGGCUAUGAGUCCAUUCGCGACUACGAAGCUCAACAGGGUACUGUGCAGCAGGAAGCAGCUGAAAAGCGUCUGGAGUUCAGCAAACAGCGUAGCAGACUUCAAUAUCUGAUGAAGCAGGUCGACUCAUCGGCCCGAGGUGUAGAGGAACGCCUGAAGCAAGCCGAGGAGGAGAUUAAGCGCAAGACUGCUGACAUCACCGAGCUCGAAGCCAAGCGGGAAGAGCUGCAAAGCGCCCGUGACGUACUUCAGGCUGAGCUGGAAACGCUGCAGGAUCACCGACAGCGGUUGGAGGAGAAACUGGCUGAACGCGUUGCAGCUGUCAAGGAGGCACGACGCACUCUAGAUCAGCGCAAUGAAAAGGUCAAGAAUGUGCUGAAGGAGGUCGACCAGGAGGAUGCAAAGAUCAAGUCGAGCGCGACGAACCGCUACAAUGUGCUCAAGGAGUGCCGUGUCAACGAGAUUAAGAUUCCACUCACGGAAGACUCUAAACCACUGGCGUCCUUACCGAUGACUGAUAUGCCGCGGCCAGACGCAGAUGAAGACGCUAUGGACGUUGACGAGGACCCUGAUUCGACCCAGAUACAGGCCGCGGAGGUGGAUGACUAUGGCAUCGAGGUCGACUUUGACCAGCUCGACGAUGAGUUGAAGACGGAGGUUGUUGAAAUACUUGAGAGUGAGGACGACCCAGAUGAGCGCGUGCAAUCGCAAGCUAGCAAUCUGCUCAAGGCCGCUGAAGCCAAGUUGAAUGAUGUGAUUACGAACCUCGAAACCGACAUCAACAAGGCUACACCCAACAUGCGCGCUGCUGAACGUCUCGUUGCAACAGAAGCGCGUCUCAAAGCCGUCGACGAAGCAUUCGCAGAGACGCGCAAGCGCGCAGCAGCAGCGAAGAAAGCUUUCGAGGAAGUGAAGACCAAGCGCUACGAUCUCUUCAUGAAGGCUUUCAACCAUAUAUCCGAGAACAUUGGUGGUACUUACAAGGACCUGACCAAGUCGCCACAGUUCCCGCUUGGAGGACAGGCGUAUCUCGAUAUGGAAGACAGCUCGGAGCCGUACCUCGCAGGUCUCAAAUACCACGCCAUGCCGCCGCUCAAGCGUUUCCGCGACAUGGAGCAUCUUUCUGGUGGUGAGAAGACAAUUGCCGCGCUUGCUCUGCUGUUCGCCAUUCACAGCUACCAGCCCUCGCCGUUCUUCGUUCUCGAUGAAGUCGAUGCAGCACUGGACAACGUCAACGUUAGCAGAGUGGCCAAGUACGUGCGCGAGCAUGCUAGCCCCGGUAUGCAAUUCAUCGUUAUCUCUUUGAAGGCAGGUUUCUUCCAAGAGAGUGAGACGCUGGUGGGCGUCAUGCGGGACCAGGGCAAGAUGACGAGCAAAUACUUGAGUCUGGAUCUAAAGCUCGCUUUCACACUCCUCCAUGUCUUGAGCAGUAUCCAGCGUCUCGACGUUGCAAGCCAUCCCGACCCUGACCCCGCCGCGAUGACGCCGAACCCUCCACGCGACGAGCAUGUCCCUGCGCAUGAAACCACCCCACUCCUGCCAAACCCCACGAACGACGCGCCUACAACCGUCGUAGAAACUGGUAUCGCGCCAGAAGGGCUACACGCAGAAGAUGGAGGAGACAUCGAGCGCCAAGUCAGCCAUGGCGACGCGUUCAAACACCAGGGCUUGCCUGAAGUCAGGAAGAGGAUGAAGUAUAUAUUUCCUGCUAUUGCUAUUGGUGUCUUCCUAUCCUCCGCAGACCAAACCCUCGUCAUAACCACCUACGGCACCAUCGGCACGGAUCUACACGCCCUAUCCUCUACAUCAUGGAUCGCGACGGGGUAUUUCCUCACGUUAUCUGCGUUCCAGCCUCUCUAUGGCAAGCUCUCUGAUAUCUUUGGCCGCAAACAAUGUCUAUUGUCUGCGUAUCUCAUCUUUGGAAUCGGAAGUGUAGGUUGUGGACUCGCGAGGACCAUCGGUGAGUUGGUUGCUGCGAGGGCCUUUGCGGGGAUAGGGGGUGGUGGGAUGAGUGUGUGCACGAGUAUUUUGCUGAGUGAUAUUGUGGGGUUGAGAGAGAGGGGGCAGUGGCAGGGUUAUGUUAACUUGGUCUACGCUUUCGGUGCUUCGGCUGGGGCGCCCCUCGGCGGGUUACUCGCGGAUAGCAUUGGAUGGCGAUGGGCAUUCCUGGCGCAAGGUCCAAUGUGCGCUGCUGCCUUCAUUGCUGUGUCAUUGGUGCUUGAUCUCCCAGAGCAAGACCACUCGCACUGGAAGGAGAAGAUCAAGAGAAUAGACUUUCUGGGCGCCGUCAUCCUGAUCUUUGCCGUCUUCGGUUUACUUGUCGGUCUUGAUCGUGGCUCCAACGUGUCCUGGAACAACCCGGUUACCAUCGUCGGUCUUGCUUCUACGCCGCUAUUCGUCGUCUUCGUCUUAGUCGAGAAGUAUGUCGCAAGCCAUCCUUUCGCCCCCGGCCGGAUCAUCCUCAAUAAGACGCUCUUCGCAUGCUAUCUUUGCAACUUCUUCUCUUUCGGGGGAUGGUUGGCUGCCUUAUUCUUCAUACCGCUCUACUGGCAGGUCAUGGGCGACUACAGCGCUUCCAAAGCCGGACUGUUCCUUGUCCCUUCCAUCAUCUUCGGUGUUAGCGGCUCGCUUUUCAGCGGCUUUUACAUGAGGCGUACAGCGAAGUACUAUUGGGUCACCGUCAUGGCGUAUACGAACCUCACAAUCGGGCUCUCAUUCAUCCUCCUAUUCGCUGGCCUAUUAACCGAGAGCUUACCCGUGAUGGUGGUGGCUACAUGCGUAUGCUCUUUUAGCAACGGCACAGGAGUAACGACGACACUCAUCGGCCUCAUCGCGAAUGCCUCACACACCGACCAAGCCGUUGCCACCGCCUGUUCCUACCUAUUCCGCUCUCUCGGGUCUGUCUUCGGUGUUUCCAUGUGCGCUACGGCGUUUAACCAGACACUCCGCAAAUCUCUCCAGGAAAGGCUGCAGGGUGACGAUGCGGCUGAGAUUGCGGAGCGUGUCAGGGCUGGAUUGGCUUACUACAGGGGUCUGGAUCCGGCACUCAAGAGCAUCGUCCGGGAGUGUUACGGAAGAGCUACUAGGGCCGCAUUGUGUGUAGGCAUUGUGCUUGUUGCAGGGAGCGCCAUCUUUGCGUGGUUUAUCAAAGAGAAGAGCCUCGAAGAUAGCAAGAGUAGGAGUAUUGAGCCGGAGGAAUCUGCAGAGUGA